CUGCGACGCUGGUGUUGUUUUCUCCGCCGCACAUUCACAUUGACUGUCAGCCCAGCGCCGCGAGCCGCCCGGGACCCCGUCUUGCACGGAAAAACCGCCCUGAACGGACUACCACACCGAGAACUGAAUCUCACCUUCGUUUCCCUAAUUGAAGAGAAGACGAAACAAACAGCUGUCAAGCUCUGUCAACGGUAAAUGCGCAAGGGGAUGCUGCGCGCGGCUAGAGUGAGACAAACGCACGCGGCUGACUAGAAUAAUGUUGACAACUAGCUAAUUAAUCCGUAAUUAUAUAAGCAGUAAUUAAACAGCGUGUGCGUUUUUUUUUUUUUUUUUAGUAAUCUAAAAUUUGAAGGAAGCCAGAAGCACCGACGGACGCGGUCGUAUUUAUUUAUUCAAUAGGAGUUUUUCAUUUUUCUUCAUCGCACCUUGGAUUUGAGCCGUUAUCACAAAGCAAGUGUGGAGCCGAAGACGAGGUCAGAACAAUUCAAGCCAGCAAACGUAGCAACAGCAGUGGUGACAGGAGGUGAUGAAGAGGAAAGCAGCUGGAGGUGAAAAAGCAGCACGGAGUGGGGAGAUGAGAAGGGCCAGAGCUGCUAAUUAACCAUAGCAGCAGCGUUCAAUAACAGCAACAUAAUUGGCUCUAGUUGGUGGUCCUUUGGUUGUGAAGCCUUCAGCGCUGGAAUCUCAACCUGAACCAGAGUGAGAGAUGACCCUUGUUUUGUCCAUGAAUCCUUUUUUGGACCCAGAGGGAGACCCUCCACUCUCCGCAUAUCCACCCAUAUGGGACUCUGAGCGCUGCACUAAGACCUGCCUGUCAAACUCUGCCCCAGCAUGCAGCUCUGAAGAACAAUUUACCCAAGCAGAAGCUCCCUGUAGACGAGUACCGGAUCAUGUUUCUGUGUCAAGGAUCGCAUACUUCAAGAGGAAGUUUGUUGAUGAUGAUGAUGAGCCCUCCUUCAGCUUCAGAACAUAUUGCCAGACUGUUGCACCAGUUCUGGAGGAGCGUGCUCAUGUUCUGCGCCUUUCUCUGGAGAAGAUGCGUUUCAUUGAUGACCCUGAAGCAUUCCUUCGGCGUUCUGUUCUUGUAAACAACCUCCUCCGCCGUUUACGAGCUGAGAUCAUUCUUCAGAGCACGGACUGGUGCUUCCCACCCAACCCAGCAUUUGCCGCUGCCCCCUGCAUCCUUCCGCCCAGCACUGGCCCUGCUCACCAAGCACUCCACAGAGCUAUGCCCACCCGUAUCUGCUUCGCACCCCAAGCUGGACCACCCCUUCGCAAGCGUUUCCGAAUGGUCCGUGGAGGACAGGGGGACGUACGACCCGAUUGCACCCAGACAUGCUGCUGCAUCUAUGCAGCGGCAGCUGCUGCUGGACACUACCUCCACCUACCAUUCUCCAUGUACGAUGCAGCACUCGCUGCCUGCCCAUCCACACCACACUCCUCUUCGUUUUUACAGAUAGCUGGCCACAACAAGUUAGGCCUGACAGUGGCUGUUGAUGAUCAUGAUGAUGAGGAUGAAGAUAUCGAUGAGGAGGAGGAAAAUGAGGAGGAGGAGGAAAGGGGAGAGGAGGAGGAAGAAGAUGAUGAACGAAGACAAGCAGGGCCCUCGGCUGAUGUUGUUAUGGACAAAUUAAGCCAGAAAAGUAGGACUAAGAACUUGUUGGGUCACAAACACCGAAGGACAGAGGACAGUUGUAUGGCAGAUAGUGUCGAGGAGGAAGUAGGAGAGGAGGAAGAGGAAGAAGAAGAGGAAGAUGAGCAGGUUGUGGGACCGUCUCAGUGGGACUCUGAAAGAGAUCUCCACCGAUUCAGCUUCUGGCACCGCAGGGCUCAUAGACAAUAACUGAAAAAUGACUAACAUAAGUCUGUUAGAAUAAAAAGUAAUGACGACGACAGAGUCAUCAGUUAUAGCAACUGAAGGUGUAUCUACCCAUUAUAGUAAUGCCAAGUCAGCUUUAUGUUAAUGAUAAUAAUAUACUCCAGAGUGGCACCCAGACACAAUCUGUUGCUCACAUUACAGUCAGAUGAAGAAAAAACAAAAAGCUCAAUAGACACAUUUCUUAAACAAUUAUAAAGAACAAGGUCACAUAUAAUGGGAUCUUAAAUCCUAAAUGUGAAGUGAAGCUUGCUAUUGCACUGUCUCCAAGACCAUUUUUAAGCCCCACAGCACAACACUAAAGGUCUCAAAUGGGACCUUUUACUGGUGCAACGGUUGCAUUUCAGGACCCUAAACAAGCCCACGAAUUAACAGGUUGUGUAUUUGGAAGUGUGUGCUUCUGUAUGUGCGUGUUUGCAAGAUAAGAUGUAGCAUUAUAAAACUUGAUUUUAAGCAGUUAUUUUUAUUAUCGAACAGGUUACACGUUAUUACGUGUGCCUGUUGAUUUUGAUGCUGUCUCAGGCGAUGGCAUGCGACUGUGCUGCAACAGCGCCACAAUGUGUGGAAUUCAGAUUACGAAAACACAAUCAUAAGAAUGGUUAAAUUGCAAUUUAAAGUGCCUUAGUGUUUCUAUGGUUACAUGUAUAUUGUGUGUUAAUGUAAUUGUUAAGUUACUAAGUGGUACUUUUCAUUACCAAUGAUUGCUUUAGAUUAUAACAGGGCACAGGCAUGUUGUUAAAUGCAGAGGUUCAUUAAAAUGAUGUUUGUGGUUAGAAAUUAUGAAGCAAAGUUAAUUUUCACCUGGAAAUAGUUUCUUAUAAAAAUGCAUGUUUUCUAGCAAUUAUUUUGCUGGCAAAGCACAAAUCUUAUGACCAAUUUUAAAGAACAGAAUUCAGAGCUUCGAUAAAUCUAAACAUGACCAAAACCUCAGUGACUGUAUAUUUGUUAGGUUCUGCCAGAUAAAGGUUGUGGUAUGGUUGUUCUGUAUAUAUAAGGGUUAAUAAAAAAAUAUAUAUAAACAGGUUCACAUUCUGAAUUAAAAGAUUAAGUCAAAACAUUCACCAAGUGUGGAAAAUCUGGCUUCCAAACCUGAAGACCGUGAGCAGUGCUUGGUGUGGGGUGUCUGCUGAGGUUGCUGGCUGACACAGACCAGCUCGACUAAAUAGCAUUAAUGAGGGAAGCACAGUAGAGUUGAUUUUAAGUGAAUCAAACUAGAUGUGAAAUCAAAAAUGCAUGUCGCAAAUACACAAUAUUAUCUUCACAUUCCAGCUCAGAAAAAAAGUCACCAUUGUUUAACUUUAAGUUUAGCAGGCAUGUCCUGCUGAUGAUGCGGUCUAGAUGUUGAUGUAACAUAAAAAUACUAGCAAAGGAGAUAGGGUCAAUCUGGGCUGCAGUCACAGUGGUGUAUUUGUUAGUCUCAGUUGUCUCUAUUAAAGUCUGUGUAACUACAAGGAGUAAAUUAGACUGGUGGUUUAGGAACCCUGACUCUUCAUCAAUUGGCUUUUGCACCAAGUUAAAGUACUAAGUAUCCAAUGAUCAUGGUUACUGAAAUAAAUCUGAAUAUUUAAGCACAAAUCAUAGCUUUUAAACAUCCAUGGUGUAAUGUUGUUAAUUUUUAAGAAUUAUCAACAUGUAUCAAAAGUGUGUACUCCAGUAAGUACUUUGUGUGUAAAGAGUAACUGGUAUAUAUCAGUACCUGUUUUUAAGGUUAAACAUUUCAUGACAUUAUUGUGCAAACCCCUGAAUUAAAUAAAAUGGAUUAUACACUAGUCCAUGGGCUUACUCUAUAUUUAAAAGUUUGACUAAGCUUUCCUACAGAUCCUGCACACAUUGAAUGCAAGACUUCUGCAGAGGCUCAAAUGCUGACACACCCGUUCUAGCAGCAAAAGCACUGUUAUUGCUUGCGGGGUAAAAACAAACAACGUAUCUGAUAAUUAAGGUUGACAUGUUUUAUGACGCACUAAAUCAAAUCUAAGUCUCAAAAUCAUUAAUAUAAAGAAGAAGCACAAGUCUGCAGUGCAUUUUCAGCAGUUCAGCAAGUUCAGCAGUUGCAUCUGAACUCUCAUCGGUGAGAUGUUACUGAAACAACUGAUACUAUUACAGUUAGCACAAAGAAGAAUGACAACAUGCAAACUAAUUUUUUUUCAAUCACAAAUUAACCUCAACCUGGCAAGGUCAAAGGAAGUCAGAGCAUCUGUUGCUUAAGAUUUCAAGUCUAACAAUGUGACUGAGAGCCAUGAUGUUUGUGAUAACACACAUAAAAACUAGCCUAGAAGAUACCCCUUUUCCUAUGCCAUGGUGAACUAUACAUAAUUUUAUUCCUUGAUCUUUUGGUAAAUGUAUCACUUUAAAGGAAAGGACGAAAUACCACAUUUAUAAUUAGAAAUAAAUUUUGCUUCCAAUAAUUGCUUAUACAUGAAACAUAUGUUAAGAACUACAACAGACCGUACUGUCUCACACCAUAUUGUUAAAAACAUCAUUGUGCCAUAUUUUGUAUCAAGAUAUGCAUCAAGUUGUAUUUUAAGGGAUUGAUAUACACAGCUAGUAAAUAUGUUUACAGUACAAUUGUUACCUUCACCAUUCAAUCCACCAAGCCUAACACUGAUUCUCCAAACUAGUUCUCCAACAUCUGCAGUCUCGGAUUUCAACUUCCCUUUAAAAAGCAAAUCCAGCUUUCCGUUUUAUUAUUCCUAGAAUAUCAAGUAGGAAGGCAUGUUGAAGGGAAGAUCCAUUACUGUAAUAAAGGCAAAACAGUUAGCAAGCUAGUUGUUAGAUACGCAGCUCACAGCUAACAUAUUGUUCAGGGCCUAUUAAAAAUAUUUAUGCCUGGAGCAGGAUUGGUUUAAAUUCUACACCACCUAGUUGUUUGAUAAUUUAUGCAUAGGUUAAUUACUUUAUCCCAACACCCUUAAUAAUGAGCCCACAUCUGCAGGCCGGACAGAUGUUAUUGCACAAACAUGGUCUCAAACAUUACUUCUCUGAAAUAUCCAAUCUUCUACUGUAGUUGCUUCUUAGAAGGUUAAAUUUUGGUACAUAGGGGAUCAGAAACACCAUCAAAAACAACAAUUUAAUAUCAAUAUGUAGACAGUGAUUCAGUUUUAGAAAGCUACAUUAUCCCACAGAGUGUGUGUAUGCAUCCAAAUAUCUAGUGGUAACACCCUUGUUUUGUAGUCUUGUUGCUAAGCUAAGCUAAGCAGAUGAGAUCAGGGUAUAAAUAUUGUUUCAUUUAAAUUCUCAAAAACAAAGUAGUGGUUAUUCUAACAAUGAAAGUGUCCCCUAACUAGAUUCACGUCAUGAAAAAGUGAAGUCACGCUGAAUGCAGAACAUUGUUAUCAAGGUCAAACAUGGCGCCACAUCAUUUUUAUCUUUAUUAGUCUGUUCGAUGACAUGAUCAGUGGUUUCCUGUUUGUUACUGUGUCUUGUUUGGGACAUCUGAGGAUGAGAUGAUAAACCCAAACCAAAGCUGUUAAAAAAAAAAUCUAAAAAUUCUAUUUGUUUGAUGUAUUUACUUUUUCUUAUUUCUUUUUUUGUGACAUAGCUUAAGUCCCUCAUAUUUUCUGAUGUAAAAAAUUAUAAUAGCAGUUACUACAACCAGACAAGAUGAGCCUGUUUCAUUUAAAUGAUAAGACAGUUGUUAUUAGUGGUAAAUAAAGGAAUAUGAUAAAGCAAUAUUUUUUUUUUCCUGAGACAAAAAGAUGUAACUGCAUUUUUGUUAUUAAAAACAACAAAAGAGCAAGUGAGCUCUGAUGAUUUUGUUUGAUGUUCUAUGAUAAGUGUACCAGUAAAAGAAAUGUUGAAAAGA